GAGAUUUUUAACCCAAAACAUGAUUGGGCUUGAUGCGCUAUUACUGCAAAAUGGGUUAGCGUUAUGCCUAUGACAUGAACACACGUCUACAUUUUUUGCUUAAAUUUUAGGUCUAUAUGCUGCUGUGUAUGAUCUUGGCAUAGAAUGGGCUGUAAUUAAAGCAGUGUCGGAUUUUGCUGACGGAAGUAAAGAGAAAACAAAACUUUGGCAGCCAUUUGCCAGCGCAAUGGCGGCAUCUGUUGUAUAUAAUAUGUUUAAAUAUCCUGUUGUGCUAAAAGACUGGCGUCACUACAACGCAGAAGGUAGCUAUUCUGUUAUACCGACUCCACACGUUUCCAUCGACCAGUUUCUUAAAAGUAUUGCUGGUACAACAGAAGGCACGGUAUAUGCCAACACAAUUAAAUUUUACCAUCUUCAUUUCUUCCUCCCGUAUCUCAUAUUCUACUAUAUCUCAAAUCAAUAAUUCAUGACGAGAAUUCAAAAGAUUUAAUCAGUACUUUGAAAUCGAACAAAUAUUACAGCCGAAUUUCGGGAACUUUAAUCUUGAAAGUGUUCAUCCUCUGAUUUCUAAAUACAGACAAAUAGGUUAAAAAACUUAAUUGUCAUGUAUUUUCAACUUACUUGUUCAAAUGCAUAGGCAUAAGGGGAGUACAACCCCUAUAUUGUCCCCCUUUGGUAACAAUGAUUUCAACUGAUAGAAAUGUUUUUUCAUUUUAUAUAUUUCAGAUUCCACGCUGUCAUUUGAACAAAAAAUAAUAUCUAUCGAUGACCUUAGUGUUAAUACAUGUCGUGUUGGGCAUGUGACUAGCGUCACUCCACAUGGAGCCUUUGUUGACAUUGGAGUACGAGGCCACAAAGGACUGUUACACAAGUCUGAGUUUCCAUCCUCCAACGACUUAGAAACUGGAGAUACGUAUUAUGUGGUUUGUACAGAUGUAGAUAAAACAAAUAAACGAAUAGCACUUCGUUUGAAAUAACCAUACUAUCUCCAUCAUUUUAGGUAGAUUUUCUAUCACAAAGCCUAGACCUACAAUCAUGGAACAAUUACUUUGGGACAAGUUGAAAACGUUUAUUAUUUAAAAAGAAAGUAAUAUAUUUCGAGCUUACAUUGUGCUCCUCCCCCCCCCCCCAACACAAUGUUGUGUUCAAGAACAUAUGAUAAUCACGAGUAUUACACAACAUUUUGCGAUAGGAAAUAGCUGGUGAACCAACAUUGUAAGGUGGGGGAAGGGAGGUGGGGGACAGGGUAACGUUUAUGUAUGAAUGUACGAUCUGCGACAAUAGUUUAAAAGCUGCCUGUAUUACAAUGCUGUUUGAUGAUGCAAUAUAUAUUUGUUUGACAGUUUUCAAUAGACCUUUCCCCUUAUGAGUGAAAUUUUGAUCUAGAUAUGCCUGGACAAAAAUUUC